UUGGUAGCAUCGAAUACUUCGUCGUUAAUUUUUCCAUCAUCUUCAACGAUGUCCAUCUUCUCCGCUGUCCUCAUCUUCAGCCUCACCGCCAUUGCGGCAACUAAAAGCGCCAAUGGAAUCCAGUGCUGGGUGAGCAAUGAAGGAACUGUAAGCCCCCGAGUGGUUUCAAAUCAACUCGGGUGCUUGUCGCUCUUUCAAACCGAAGAUCGAGUUGCCUCGUUCGGUGGUGUCCCAUCAACUCCACGCACCGCCCACCGUCAAGCUGAAUUGGCCAUGGCUGAUGGAUCCUGCAAGAAGAUUGAAAAGCUCGUGUACCAGGCCGACAAAACAAACGACUACGCUUCAGUCUACCUCUGUUACUGUAACACACACCUCUGCAACACUCCAAUGAAAUUCAAAGAGUUUGAAGACAAUGGUUUUGAAACAAGCAAGCACUAAUUCUGAGCAACUACUGCGAAACUGUUCACUCUUCGCAUCUACCUACAUUCAAAUCUACACUCAAAUCUGUUCAAGACUACACUCCGCCAUGAAUUACAACUCAUCAUAAUUUCCUUCUCAAUGAUAUCAUUUUCCUCCUACUUUAUUCACAUGAAUGUUGAUUUUUUUUUAAGAUACUACUCCAAUAAAUUACAACCUGAUUAAUAA